AUGCUUCUCGUCGGUGAUAAAACAGAGAAGGUCCACUUUUCAUCCAAAAGUGAGGCUGGUGAUGGUGGAUCCGGUAAGGCUGGUGAUGGUGGAUCCGGUAAGGCUGGUGAUGGUGGAUCCGGUAAGGCUGGUGAUGGAGGAUCCGGUAAGGCUGAUGAUGGUGGUGAUGGAGGAUCCGGUAAGGCUGAUGAUGGAGGAUCUGGUAAGGCUGAUGAUGGUGGAUCCGGUAAGGCUGAUGAUGGUGGAUCCGGUGAGGCUGAUGAUGGUGGUGAUGGAGGAUCUGGUAAGGCUGAUGGUGGAGGAUCUGAUAAGGCUGAUGGUGGAGGAUCUGAUAAGGCUGAUGAUGGUGGUGAUGGAGGAUCUGGUAAGGCUGAUGGUGGAGGAUCUGGUAAGGCUGAUGAUGGUGGAUCCGGUAAGGCUGAUGAUGGUGGAUCCGGUGAGGCUGAUGAUGGUGGUGAUGGAGGAUCCGGUAAGGCUGAUGGUGGAGGAUCUGAUAAGGCUGAUGAUGGUGGAUCCGGUGAGGCUGAUGAUGGUGGUGAUGGAGGAUCUGGUAAGGCUGAUGGUGGAGGAUCUGAUAAGGCUGAUGAUGGUGGAUCUGGUCAGGCUGAUGAUGGUGGAUCCGAGGAUGAUUAUAAGCCUAAUGAGGAUCCUGAGUCCACUUGGUUCAAAGUGGUUAAACUGCUGAUAACAAGAUAUGUCUACAAGGUGGCCAAACGAUCAUGUGAGAGGAGUGUAAACCGUCAAAAGAAGUUUAUCAGCUUUAUGAAUGCUUCUCAAGCACAGAAGCUUCAUUUACUCAAGAAGGCUACAGGGAAGGACAGCGAAUUUGUGAAAUACACCGGGUUAAAGAAAGCUUGCAGGGAUUUUGCUGAGACAUACACAUCAUUUUUCAUAUGGCUGGCUUUGGGAUCAUUUACCUUGAUCUCCGCAGGUUGGGAGUUGCACAGUAGAUCUCAAAUGGAGAAAGGAUUAGCAUCACUAAGGGUGGAGAUGAACAACAACGCUGUUGUUAUUUCUGAAUUUAAGAAGGAGAUGAGUUCAAAAGAUGCCUCUUAUAUGCAUCGAUUUGAAGAAAUUACAAGGAUUGCAAACCAAAAGCUUGAAGAUUUGGAGAAGAAGAUCGAGCUUCUCACAUCCAAAAAGUGAAAGCCAUGUUGGAGGGAUAAUUUAGUUCUGGAUUUCUAUCUAUCAAUGACCUAAACUAUAGACAAUUUGGUUGUGUUGUCAUUUGUAUUAUGCUCUUUUGCAAAUGAUGUCUUUUGAAUGGUUCAAAUACUACUACUAGUUGCCACUGAAUGAAUCUUUGUUGUGAAUCUUGAGGAUGAAAAAUUGAUAACAUAUGUUCUUUUACCACCAAUGCUC